ACGGCAAAUUAAAAUCCCCUCUCUCCUCGCCGAAACCGUCGGUCGAUUUCGCUUUGCUCCGACGAUACUUUCCGAUUCCGAUUCUUCCAGACUCGGAGAUGAUAGCUUCAUUAUGUUAUUGGCACAGGAGUUGAAGUUUCGGCAAAAGAUAUUGAGAAAACUGUUUUGUGAAAUCUUUGAAGAGAACAAGAAAACAAUAUUGGAGCUGCUUUACCAAACUAUAGGUUGAUCGUUGCUGCUUUACCGUAAUAUCAGUUAGAAGCUGCUUGACAUUGACUUCCCUGAAGGUCCUAUUGGAACAAAGUUUUUCGCAGAAAAAAAAAAAGUUUUGUGGAUCAGAUUUUCUCGUGUGGCAAUUUUGAAUCUGAAAUCAGCAAUGGAUGGCUUCAAUGACAUACCCCCCCGAACAACAGUACAUAGCUAUCCACUACAGGCUAAGCACUUCAAGACUCAAUCAUCUUAUCGCUCUUAUCAAUGCGUGGUCUGCUAACUCGCUAGAAUACAAUCAUGGCUCGUUACACAAUUCUAUUGUCUCAUGGAUCCCUGGAGAGACUCACGAUUUGAUUGAAGAUUCUGAUGAUGACGCCGGGAACGAUGGUGGGGAUGAUGACCUCGAGAAUCAUGGAAAUGGAAAUCAUGGAACACAUGAUGGUGGAGAGUCUGGAGACGAUGGAAAUGGUCACGGAGAUGAUAAUAUUCAUCAAGAAGCUGUUGCCAAUGGGAAUAACCUCACAGUUGCUGUUUUCAAUGGUAUUCCUCCUCUUCCCGGAGAUGUUAAUACUGCAGGUGAGCAGAGGAAAAGGAGUAUUACUGAUGAGAAUGAUGAGAAGAAGAACAAUAAGAGAAAGAGAAUCUGAAUACAACUUUUCAGUGGCAACAUAGAAGAUAACAGAGAAGAGACAGUUCUCAAAUAAGUGAAUAACCCAUUUUCAUGUACAAUUUUUCUUUCUUUUAAACUCCGAUUCAUUUUUACAUGGUAGUGAGGAUAUAACAGGUUGUGGUCUUGUUAAAAAAAAAAAAAAAGAAAAUAGACCGUAAAAUGUAUAACUUUUUGGUUAA